ACCCGUAAGCGUCGCAAUCAUGGUCGCUCCAAAAAAGGUCGUGGUCACGUUAAUUUUAUUCGCUGCAGCAAUUGUGGCCGGGCGUGCCCAAAAGACAAGGCUGUCAGAAGAUUUGUUGUGCGCAACAUGGUCGAGGCUGCCGCUAUUAACGACCUAAACGCAGCAUCCGUCUACCCUACAGAUUCAUAUGCCCUUCCGAAGCUGUAUGUGGAAAAUCGAUAUUGUAUCAGCUGUGCAAUUCAUGGCAAGUUUCUACGCAACCGAAGCAAGAAGGAGAGGAAAGUCAGGAUUCCCCCUAACAGAUUCAAGCUUAACCCAAAGCUGCCGUCGAGACAAUGA